AUGCCUCCAUUUCCCCUCCUCCGUCUUCCUCAAUUAGUCCUGUGCGAGGUAUUCAAAUCGUUGAGUAUCAGAGAGAAAAUCAAGCUCUCCUUCUGCUCCAAGAAAAUUUCCAUGCAAAUCAAUAAUGCUCGUUUGUACUCUGAAAAUAUUACAGUCAAUCUGGGCGGGUUAUACCAAAAAAUUGAAGUGUCCUCUAAAAACUACAAAGAGCCAUUUGAAAUCUCCAUUCGGCAAGAUCCCAGGAAAACUUUCAAUUCAAAAACUCAACAAUUUUUUAUCGCAUGUUAUACUAACGGAAUCACAAUAUACUGGAAAAAUUAUCGAGAAGGAUUUCUAACUGUUACUCGACAUAUAUCGAAGAUGUUUCAAUGCAAGAUUUCAAUUAGUGAUAACUAUCAUAGUGGUCUAUAUCAACCAGUAGUUUCUGAGUUGUAUGAUCUACAACAGGAAUUCAAGACGUUCACUAUUGAAUUUGAUGGAUCAGAAGAUCAAAAAUUGUUGUGGAAUCAGAUAUCCAGUAAAUUAGAACUGGUUGAGAAUCUUAGAAUCUUAUCCAUUCCUUAUUUUGAUUUUAGACAUUUUCGACCAGUUUUCACUUCAUGGCCACAGAAUAUUACAAUCAUGAAAUCCGAUUGGUUCACUCUGGAAUCUCUGUCGACGUGCACUUGCACCAGAAUUACACUCGACAGGUCUCAUGUGGGAAACAAGGAUUUGGAUGGGGCACUCAAGAAGUGGAAGAGCGGAGGAUUUCCGAAUCUAAACCGUCUGGCGAUUAAUAGCCUGUGGUCCACAAAAAAUGAUGAACAGAUUUUGGGAAUGAAUUGGAGGGAAUUAAACGGAGUGGUUCUUCUAACUGAUGAUGGAUCAAAGAAGGCAACUAUUAACUUUCGUCACGGCAGAAUCUGCUUCGACAGUAUCAAAUUGAUGUCAACCCAUCUCCCAACCAAAAUGACUGGUCAUAUCGUCGUCAAUGUAGCUGAAAAUGCCCAAAUCGAGUAUGCCGAAUCCCAUAAAUCCACUGGAAACGAGCUCACCGUUCUCAUCUUUAUCAUUCUCAUCAUUGUUGGCGGAUUCUUUGCGGCUACCAAGUUUUUGUAA